CAACUUUCGAAUGGCCAUUUUUCAAAUGAUAAUCACAAGCAACUUAAUAGGCCGGAUGCAGGCAUACCCAUCUACGAUGCCAAUAUGACAAAGGACCUACGAUUAGUGUACCAGAUCGAUUGUGUCCCUGACCAAGAUGGAAAGGUACUAAUCAAAGUAUACGGCAUUUAUACGCAUGUACAACUUGGCAAAGUAUGGGAUGCCUUGGGUAACCAUCUCGCACGCAAGGGCAGAGAAUAUCAUAGAAGGUGUAUCUUUCGGAAUAGGCCCGUCCUUUCUAAAGACAGCACGAUUCUGCCUGCGUCAUUCCCACUAUCUGAACCUGAACCUGAAUUCUCAGCAAGCCCACUUGAUCUUAGUGAUAAGGACAUGGACCGAAUUCAAUCUUUGCUUGUUAUGGAGAAAUAUUUCACAUUCUCGCAAACCUCAAGAACAAAAAAUUGUCGAAUGUACCACGUCAUGUUACAUCUUGGGUCGCAGAGGCACGGGGUAACUUGUGAAUCACACUCAACUAGAAAAACCACGACGAUGCUAUUUAAGAUUCUCGGCAUUCAGCGAGCUUGGGAAAUGAGUGCUGUUGACAUGCCGAAGCCACGCCAAAUUUUCGUCACCAAAUACAGAGUGCUCGCUACAAGAGCGAAAGAGUGUUUCACGAAGUUUCUCGAAUCUCUGGCGUUAGCAGACUAUACCCUGGAGGAACUUGCAAAAAUGAAGGCACAAAGUGUUCAGGAAGGCCUUGUUGAUAUCGACGACCUGCCCAAAUCACAGAUGAAUAUACCUAUGAAAUACAGCGAACUCGAGGAUAAACACUUUCCCCUCUUUGUGACUUUCGAUCGACUGGCACAGAUGAUCGCGGCAGAUAUCUCAAGUAACGAUGUCCCCGAAACGAGAGAUAGUGCAGGACCUUUUUUCAAUAUUGACGAUGCUGAGGCGCAUGACUGCUUCGUCACCUAUGAUGUAUUCGCAAAUCAAUACUGGCCUCAUUUUCCGCGGAAUCUCACCAAGAAUCUCAGUAGGAUCGUUAAAGGCUCUGAACACGGACUGUCCUGUCCUGAAGGAGUUCUCGAUCGCGCAAACUACAUUCGUCUUUCUCAUUGUUCUUACCCAAAUUUUGCGAACCAGAGGGGAAUUCUGUAUGACAUCUUCGAGUGUUAUACGAAAAUCAAGAAGCAGCGACGUCAUCAUGAUGCUGCAGACCGUACGCAUGCAAUACUCAAGGUCUUGCAGAGCCAGAGGUUUCCUGGCCAACAGAUUGAUCAUCUGUACUUACUCCAUUCUUCAUUGACAGAAAUCACUUUAGAACUUUCUGUUGUAGUUUUGAGGCGAUUAUGCAGGAAUCCAGACGGUUUGUUCUGGGCUGGGGACACCGCACAGACAAUCUCUGCAGGGAGCUCCUUCAGGUUUGAUGAUCUGAAACAGCAGCAGAAUAUUUCGGUCAAUUCCGCUGGAGCAUGUCUUCGUCAGCCUGCGAUAUUUCAAUUGACGAUCAACCACAGAUCGCACGGUGGAAUUGUUAAUUGCGCAAGUUCUGUGGUCGAGCUCAUCACAAAAUUUUGGCCCAACACAAUCGACAAUCUUCGGCCAGAAAAGGGAGUGGUUGACGGGCUGAAGCCUGUAUUUUUCAGUGGUUGGGAUAAAGACACCGUUCGUUAUGAACAGUUCUUGUUUGGGGAGAGCGGUAGCCACAUUGAGUUCGGAGCCCAGCAAUGCAUUCUCGUGCGUGACGAUGCGGCACGUCAGAAGUUACGAGACCAAGUUGGUGAAAUUGGACUGAUUAUAACGCUUUAUGACAGCAAAGUCAAAGGCCUGGAAUUUGAUGAUGUGCUGUUGUACAACUUUUUCGAGGAUUCUGCUGUAGAUCUGUCACGGUGGCGCGUAGUUCUCGAUGGGGUAGAUGGUCAAAGAUAUGUACCGAACUUCGAUCGAGACGAGGCGCAAUACGCCGGGGUUUGUAGCGAGCUCAAACUUCUUUAUGUGGGAAUCACUCGAGCAAGGAAGAACUUGUGGAUCGUCGACAAAUCUAAUAAAUCAGACCCGAUGCGUCUGUUCUGGACGUCUCGCAAUCAGGUCCAGAAUUGUAUCCCCGGCACAGAUGUCCCUCAUCUAGCCGUCUCCUCGACUCCAGAAGAAUGGGCAUCCUUCGGGCGCUCACUAUUCUCUCAUAAGCGCUACUCGCAGGCUAUCCACUGCUUCGAACGUGCCAACCUUCGUCGUGAAGUGAAGGUCUGUGAAGCACAUCAACUGCGAGAUGUUGCACGUUCUAGUGUCGGAGUGGCCUCACUCAGCGACCAAAAAAGAGCUUUUAACGUGGCUGCCGAUGCCUUUACUGAUUGUGGGGCUACCGCGACAGGAAAUCAGAAGCUCCAAUACUAUCGCAACUCAGCGGAUUGCUACGUUCGAGCAGGAGACGAUCUUAAAGCUGCCGAGGCCUAUUUAAAUACUCAAGAGCUCGAGCAAGCAGCGAAAAGAUAUCGCAAGGCUGGACGGUUUGACAAGACCCUCCAUGUCCUUCAUGACCAUGGCACGGAUAUACCUGACGAGACCAAGACGGAGUUAUGGACUGU